AUGGUGGAUGCAGCGGAGUGCGGGGUGAGAGUGAUGUGCCGCUUCAGGCCCCUGAACGAGGCCGAAAUCACCAGAGGGGACAUCUACAUCCCCAAAUUCAAAGACGACGACACCGUGGUCAUAACGGGUAAACCGUAUGCUUUCGACCGUGUGCUGCCUCCAAACACGUCACAGGAGCAAGUGUACGACCAGUGUGCCAAACAGAUAGUUAAAGAUGUGCUGGGCGGUUACAAUGGGACCAUCUUCGCCUACGGACAGACGUCCUCUGGGAAGACACACACCAUGGAGGGCAAACUGCACGACCCCCAGCUGAUGGGAAUCAUCCCUCGCAUUGCCCACGACAUCUUUGACCACAUCUACUCCAUGGACGAGAACCUCGAGUUUCACAUCAAGGUCUCUUAUUUCGAAAUCUACUUGGACAAGAUCAGAGACCUGCUCGAUGUGUCGAAGACGAAUCUCGCCGUACAUGAAGACAAAAACAGAGUUCCCUACGUCAAGGGUUGUACUGAGCGCUUUGUGUCCAGUCCAGAGGAGGUGUUGGAUGUUAUUGAUGUGGGCAAAGCCAAUCGGCACGUGGCGGUGACGAACAUGAAUGAGCACAGCUCUCGCAGCCACAGCAUCUUCCUCAUCAACAUCAAGCAGGAAAACGUUGAGACGGAGAAGAAGCUGUCGGGGAAGCUCUACCUGGUCGACCUGGCCGGCAGCGAGAAGGUCAGUAAGACAGGAGCUGAGGGAGCGGUGCUGGAUGAGGCGAAGAACAUCAACAAAUCUCUGUCUGCGCUGGGAAACGUCAUCUCCGCUCUGGCAGAGGGAACAAAAACCCACGUACCGUACAGAGACAGUAAGAUGACCCGGAUCCUGCAGGACUCUCUGGGAGGAAACUGUCGAACCACCAUCAUCAUCUGCUGUUCGCCGUCUGUCUACAAUGAAGCAGAGACCAAGUCCACGCUCAUGUUUGGGCAGAGGGCCAAGACCAUCAAGAACACGGUGUCCGUGAACCUGGAGCUGACGGCCGAAGAGUGGAAGAAGAAAUACGAGAAGGAGAAAGAGAAGAACAAGAGCCUGAAAAACGUCAUCCAGAGGCUGGAGGCUGAACUCAGCCGCUGGAGGAAAGGGGAGAAUGUUCCUGAGGAGGAGCAGAGCUCGAAGGAUCAGAAGAGCAUCGAGCCGUACGACAACACUCCCAUCAUCGACAACCUUCCGCCGGCCAGAGGAGGCGUCGCAGUGUCCGGCGAGGAACAGAGCAAGUACGAGGAGGACAUCAGCAACCUGUACAAACAGCUGGACGACAAGGAUGAUGAGAUAAACCAACACAGUCAGCUGGCCGAGAAGCUCAAAGAGCAGAUGAUGGAUCAAGAAGAGCUGCUGGCAUCAACGCGACGCGACUACGAGAAGAUCCAGGAGGAGCUGUGCCGGCUGCAGACGGAGAACGAGCUGGCCAAGGAGGAGGUGCAGGAGGUGCUGCAGGCUUUGGAGGAGCUGGCCGUCAACUACGACCAGAAGAGCCAAGAGGUGGAGGAGCGAGACCAAACCAACCUGCAGCUGACUGAGGAGCUGCAGCACAAGACGGCGUUGCUGUUGGCGGUGCAGAGGGAGCUGAGUCAGUUGCAGGAGCUGAACGGCCUGCAGAGGAAGAGAGCCGCCGAGGUCCUCAACCUGCUGCUGCGAGACCUCAGUGACAUCGGUGCCAUCAUCGGCACCAGUGAUGUCAAGGCGUCUUUAGAGACAAAGGGGAACGGCUCAGCAGUGGAGGAGGAGUUCACCGUCGCUCGCCUCUACAUCAGCAAGAUGAAGUCCGACAUCAAGUCCCUGGUCAACCGCAGCAAGCAGCUGGAGAGCGCUCAGGCUGACGCCCACCGCAAGAUCCAGGCCAACGAGAAGGAGCUGGCGUCCUGUCAGCUGCUCAUCUCCCAGCACCAGGCCAAGAUCAAGUCUCUGACCGACUACAUGCAGAACAUGGAGCAGAAGAAGAGGCAGCUGGAGGACAGUCAGGAUGCUCUGACUGAGGAGCUUGCCAAACUGCAGGCACAGGAGAAAAGACACGAGUUGCUGGGGCCCGAGAAGGAGGACAUCAGCAGACUGGAUGGAGGCAAGGAGAUCAAGGACACACUGGAGGAGCAGCUGGAGAACCACAGGGAGGCUCAUCAGAAACAGCUCAGCCGCCUCCGAGAUGAGAUUGAGGCUAAGCAGAGGAUGCUGGACGAACUGACUGAUCUAAACCAGGGUCUGUUACUGGAGCAGGCAAGGCUCAUGUCAGACUAUGACAAACUGAGGGCUGAAGAGCAGGAGAAGGAUGCAAAGCUGCAGAAAGUCAUGCUGCUGAACGAACAGCAGGAGCAGGCCAGAGAAGAUCUGAAGGGGCUGGAGGAGACUCUGGCCAAAGAGCUGCAGACUCUGCACAACCUCCGCAAACUCUUCGUUCAGGACCUCACUGCACGGGUUAAGAAAAGUGCAGAGCUGGACUGUGAGGAGGGACUUGGCAACAUUGCCCAGAAACACAAGAUCUCCUUCCUGGAGAAUAACCUGGAGCAGCUCACCAAGGUCCACAAGCAGCUGGUUCGAGACAACGCAGACCUUCGCUGCGAGCUGCCCAAGCUGGAGAAGCGUCUUCGUGCAACAGCCGAGCGAGUCAAAGCCCUGGAGAACGCCCUGAAGGAAGCCAAGGAGAACGCCAUGAGGGACCGCAAGCGCUACCAGCAGGAGGUUGACCGCAUCAAAGAAGCCGUGCGAGCCAAGAACAUGGCCAGGAGGGGGUGCUCUGCUCAGAUCGCAAAACCCAUCCGCCCAGGCCACCAUCCACUGUCAUCCCCCAUCAGCAGCUGCAUCAGAACUGGAGGCAUCUACAUCCACAACAACUGA